AUGGCAGAGUCGUUGAGCACACAGGGCGGUAUCUCAGAUCCCGCCCUCAUCAAGCUUGUGAACAAGCUCCAGGAUGUCUUCGCUACCGUCGGCGUCAACAACCCCAUCGACCUCCCCCAAAUAGCCGUCGUCGGUUCCCAGUCCAGCGGUAAGAGUUCGGUGCUCGAGAACAUCGUGGGAAGGGACUUCCUGCCUCGAGGCUCUGGCAUCGUCACCAGGCGGCCGCUGGUCCUCCAGCUCAUCAACCGUCCGGCAACGGCGCAGGCCAACGGCGUCAACGAGGACGUCGCCAACUCGACCGACAAGGCUGCCAACCCCGACGAAUGGGGCGAGUUCCUGCACGUCCCCGGCCAGAAGUUCUACGACUUCAACAAGAUCCGAGACGAGAUCAGCCGCGAGACCGAGGCCAAGGUGGGCAAGAAUGCCGGCAUCUCGCCCGCCCCCAUCAACCUGCGGGUCUACUCGCCAAACGUUCUGACCCUGACCCUGGUCGAUCUUCCCGGUCUGACCAAGGUGCCCGUCGGCGACCAGCCACGCGACAUCGAGAGACAGAUCCGUGAUAUGGUCCUCAAGUACAUCGGCAAGUCGAACGCCAUCAUUCUCGCCGUCACUGCCGCCAACAUCGAUCUGGCCAACUCGGACGGUCUGAAGAUGGCCCGCGAGGUCGACCCGGAGGGACAGAGGACCAUCGGUGUUUUGACCAAGGUCGACCUGAUGGACGAGGGAACCGACGUCGUCGAUAUUCUCGCCGGCCGCAUUAUCCCUCUGCGCCUGGGCUACGUCCCCGUCGUGAACAGAGGACAGAGGGACAUCGACAACAAGAAGCCCAUCAACCAGUCCCUCGAGGCCGAGAGGAACUUCUUCGAGAACCACAAGGCCUACCGCAACAAGAGCUCCUACUGCGGUACCCCCUAUCUUGCGAGGAAGCUCAACUUGAUUCUCAUGAUGCACAUCAAACAAACCCUUCCCGACAUCAAGGCCAGGAUCGCGAGCUCCUUGCAGAAGUACACCGCCGAGCUGGAUAGCCUUGGUCCCUCUAUGCUCGGCAACAGCUCCAACAUCGUGCUCAACAUAAUUACAGAGUUUACGAAUGAGUGGCGGACUGUGCUGGAAGGAAACAACGGUGAACUAUCAAGCACAGAGUUGUCCGGUGGAGCCAGAAUCAGUUUCGUGUUCCAUGAGCUGUACGCAAACGGUGUCAAGGCGGUCGAUCCCUUCGACAUGGUCAAGGAUGUUGAUAUCCGAACCAUUCUCUACAACUCGUCCGGUUCUUCGCCAGCCCUAUUUGUCGGAACCACAGCCUUCGAGCUUAUUGUUAAGCAGCAGAUCAAGCGCCUCGAAGAGCCUAGCUUGAAGUGUGUGUCGCUCGUCUACGAUGAGCUGGUGCGCAUUCUUACCCAGCUGCUGACCAAGGCACUCUACCGGAGAUAUCCUUCCCUGAAGGAGACUGUCCAUGGCGUAGUCAUCGGUUUCUUCAAGAAGGCCAUGGAGCCUACAAACAAGCUUGUGAAGGAUCUCGUCGCCAUGGAGGCCUGCUAUAUCAACACGGGACACCCCGAUUUCCUCAACGGUCACCGAGCCAUGGCCCUCGUGAACGAACGUCACAACGGAGCCAAGCCCGUGCAGGUCGACCCCAAGACUGGCAAGCCCAUGCCUGCCUCGGCCACCCCAGCACGCACUGCCAGCCCGACCCUCGACGGUAUGGACUCGAGCAACUCGGGCUUCUUUGGCAGCUUUUUCGCCGCCAAGAACAAGAAGAAGGCGGCCGCCAUGGAGGCCCCGCCUCCGAUGUUGAAGGCUUCCGGUACCCUUUCUGAGCGCGAGAACAUCGAGGUAGAGGUCAUCAAGUUGCUCAUCUCCUCCUACUAUAACAUCGUCAAGCGCACCAUGAUCGACAUGGUGCCCAAGGCCAUUAUGCUUACCCUUGUCCAGUUUACCAAGGAUGAGAUGCAAAGAGAGCUCCUCGAGAAUAUGUACCGCCAAGAUACCCUUGACGACCUGCUGAAGGAGUCCGACUACACUGUUCGCCGACGGAAAGAGUGUCAACAGAUGGUUGACUCGCUCGGCAGGGCUAGCGAGAUUGUUAGCCAGGUCCAGUAA